AUGACAAAAUCAAGUGAAAUUAUUCUAAUUAUCAGUGUAAUUUGUUUGUUUUCCCUCUUUGGGGUAAUUCAGGCUGAGGCUGAAACUCCAACUCAGAGUCAAACUCAUUUCAAGGUAGAUGGAAAAGUGUAUUGUGACGUUUGUCGCACUCAAUUCGAAAAUCGGCUUAGCAAGCCCAUGUCAGGUGCCGAGGUACAAUUACAAUGUAGGAACCAAACAACUGAUACUAUCACCGCGACAGUAGAAGGUAAAACCGAUGAGCAUGGUUUCUAUGAACUCCUCGUGGAACGCGACCACGAGGAUGAGAUCUGUGAGAUGAUGCUCAAGAAGAGCACCAUGGAUGAUUGUACUGAGAUACCACAUGAAAGUAAUGCACAGGAAGCUGCAAGAAUCACCAUCACAAACAACAAUGGUAUUGCUGAUACUACUCGCCACGCGAACCCUCUAUUCUUCCUGAAGAAAGAAGCUUCAUCAGAAUGCGAUGAAGUAUUUAAGGAACUCGAAUUAUUGCCUGAAGAUAUUAGUUUAUCUUAA